UAUUAAAAUAAACGCGAUAUUAAGGAAAAGUAGCCUUAAGAAGAUUUUGGUUUUUAUAUAGUAAUAAUACUUAAAUUAAUAUAAUUAUAACACAAAUAUCGAGAGAGAGGGAAAAAAAUGGCAGAAGUUACUACAAACAGUCGAAGAAUUUGAUUGCUAUGGACGGAAGCAAACACGCAACUAAUGCAUUCGUUUGGUUUAUGGAGCAUUUCUACAAGGAUGGUGAUACUUUGAUUAUUGUUUACUGCGCUGAGUUAGGAGCGAAUCUGCCUCCCAUUGCCCAGCUUACAAACCCUGGAGUGGUUCCCAUCAUGAUAGCCGAACAUGACGAGGAAGUACAGAAAGUCUUGAAGAACAUUGAUGACACCGUCAAACAAUAUAAUGUGAAAUACUCAGUUGAGCGCCUACACGAGCCUGCUGGCGAAUCUAUAGUACUGGCCGCCAAAGAUCACAAUAUUGACAUCAUUGUAACCGGGAGUCGGGGAAUGGGCGUGGUCAGACGAACCAUACUGGGCAGUGUUAGCGACUAUAUUGUUCAUCAUUCACACGUGCCUGUGCUAGUUUGUAAAUACAGUGACCAGCAAUAAAAUACACAAACUUAUGCUAUUUUUAGAUAGCAGAAGAUAUGACAAUGUAAAAUUUUAUCUUGACUGUUUAAAGGAGAAACAUGCGACAGUCGGCACUCGGCAGUGUAUCAUUAA